AUGCUACCUCCUCCCCUGGCCCCUAUUAGUGGUCACUCGCGCACGUACGGCGGCAAUCGGGCAUUUCACAACUUUUACAAUGAUUAUUCUCAUAUAUCCGAUCCUAAUCUGCGCCGGCGACUAGCACUGUCUGAGAUUGACAAGGUCCCUUUCGGAUUGUACCAUGUCAGAGCAAUCUUGGUUGCUGGUGUUGGCUUUCUUGUCGAUUCAUACGACAUAUUUUCCAUCAACCUCAUUACUACCCUCCUGGGCAUGGUCUUUUGGAGCGGCAAAGAUUCCAUCAACGGCUUUGGUGGCAACCAUGGCAUCUUACCUGAGACCAUUAGCCAGGCUUUGAAAGCUGCCACCAGCGCUGGUAUUGUCAUUGGAAUGGUUGCGUUUGGAUGGCUGGCAGAUGCUUUAGGUCGCCGACGCAUGUACGGAGUCGAGUUGGCAAUUAUCAUCUUUGGAACUUUCAGCUGCGCUCUGGUUUCGAGCAGCCCAUCCAUCCACUCGGCCGGCCUCCUGCUGUUCUGGCGGGUUCUUAUGGGCAUUGGCAUUGGUGGUGACUAUCCUCUUUCAUCCGUCAUUACGUCCGAAUUCGCGCCCACUCGAUGGCGGGGUGCCAUGAUUUCUGCCGUCUUCUCAAUGCAAGGCGUUGGCCAACUCAUGUCUGCCAUCGUGGCGCUCAUUACAACCGUAGCCUUCAAGUCGUCCCUGGUCAACAUUCCUGACGAGAAACACUGCGAUGCGGGGUGUCAAGUGGCUGCUGAUCGUGCCUGGAGGAUCACUGUCGGGGUUGGCGCCAUCCCAGCGUGUCUGGCGCUCUACUAUCGAAUCACCAUUCCUGAAACCCCGCGGUAUACUUUUGAUAUCCAGCACGACGUUGAAAAGGCCGAUGCCGAUAUCAAGGCCUACGUAUCCAGAAAAUCGAACAGUGACUAUGAUACUCGGCACUCUCGGUCAAGGAUUUCCCAGAAUUCGCUCGAUCUUCCGCGUGCUUCGUGGGCAGAUGUUUUUGCGUACUUUGGGGCGUGGAAGAAUUUCAAGGUAUUGCUUGGUACAACCAUGUCAUGGUUCUUUCUGGACUUGGCGUUUUACGGCCUCGGCCUGAAUCAAAACAUUGUGCUCCACGCCAUUGGAUAUUGGAGGGGAAGCAGUAUGUACGACAAGCUGUAUAAUCAGGCCAUGGGCACAAUCAUCUUGACGGCUGCUGGCUCCUUGCCUGGAUUUUGGACCGCCAUCUUCGCCAUCGACACCGUUGGCCGCAAGCCCUUGCAAGUCGGCGGGUUCCUUAUGCUCACCAUCGUCUUUAGUGUCCUUGGUUUCCGGCUUCAUCACCUAAGCGAGGGCGCAAUGUUGGCUCUAUACAUCAUCGGACAAUUUCUCUUUAAUGCCGGGCCAAACACGACCACAUUCGUUGUACCAGGCGAAUGCUUCCCGACCCGAUACCGAUCAACUGGGCACGGCAUUUCCGCGGCCAUGGGGAAAAUCGGGGCCAUUGUCGCCCAGGCCAUCAGCAUCCCAUUGUUGAGGAAUAGCCAAGUUGAUGGAUGCGUUGGGAACGCCUGCUCUCCUUACCUUGACCGUUUGCUCAAACUUUUUGCGCUCUUUAUGCUCCUCGGCACCAUGGUGUCGUUCCUCAUCCCCGAGACGAAAGGGCUCACCUUGGAAGAACUAUCCGGCGAAUCCAGGACGAGCUACAACGCUGGCUGUAACGGCAGUAUCAGCCUGGGUUCGCCGCGACUGCGAGCAUGGAAUCCGUUUCACGGCGGUCAACCCGCAGGCUUUGCGUACCCGCGAGCCCACGGUGGCCACUUUGGCAAGCACCAACGACCUUCGCGGGACGACACCAUGGCCUCGCCAGAGGUGGUGGCGGAGAACAUGCGCCAGAAGCGACACCGAUUCUGGCAGAGAAACCGGAAGGCACGCAUGUCCAGCGACGGGUCCAACGAGAUUGCCCUGCGGAACCGGACGUCGGGCACCACGGCCGGCUCCUCGGACGCGGAACACUUGACACAGGCCGGUCUCCCGCAGCAACAAUUGCCUACAUGGGGAGCCGGAUGGGGCAGAAUAGACCGUGGUUCACCGCCCACGGGGAACAGUGUGCAACUCAAUGACGUGGGGAUGCUGUUGAGGCCAGCCUGA